GCCGCCGAAUCGCCGGAGCGCUCCGACCGACGAGCAAUCCACGAGGGAGGAAGAGGAAGAGAAGGACGACGAUUUGGCAUCGAUUGCCUCCCGAUCGAAGGCGAAUGGAUUCGACGGAAGAAGCUUGACCAGGUGGGUGGGUGGGUCGGUCAGCCAGCCAGUCACGAGUCACGAGGAUUGCGCCCGGAGCAGCGAUGGCAGGAGACUCUGCGGGAGGCGCGGGGGCGGAGCAGCAGCGGAGCGUGGUGGGUUGGGGAAUUUACGAUCGCCUGAAGAAGGUCCCGCGCCUCGCCUCCUCGCCCAAAGACGUCGUCAGUCCUCGCGGCCGCCGAACGAAUACUUCGGAGUCUGCAUCUGAGACAGCUGCUCGAAGGAUGGUGGAGGAUCUGUUCAAGCAGGAGGCAGAUGCUGCGGAGCCUUUGGGAGAUUUUGUCCUAAUCGAUCACAACGAGAUUAAUCAUAGGAAGCCGAAGAAGCAAGAAGAAUCCGAGAUAACUAUUUGUGAGUGCGUAAUCGAGGAUGAUAAUCCAGAGAGUGCAUGUGGAGAACAGUGUCUGAACAUGAUGACCUACACUGAGUGUACUCCCGGGUAUUGUCCUUCUGAUGAGCUGUGCAGGAAUCAGCGAUUUCAAAGGUGUCAGUACGCGCAAACAAAUUUGUUCCAGACAGACAACCGGGGAUGGGGUCUUGCAGCAUCUCAAGAUCUCAAGGCGGGAGACUUCGUGAUGGAGUAUUGUGGUGAAGUUGUCCCAGUCAAAGAGGCUCUUCAGCGCGCCAAGGCCUAUGAAACCUCAGGAACAACGAAUUGGUUCAUUUUGAACCUGAAUGGAGGAGAGUACAUAGACGCGACUCAUUUCGGCAGUCUGGCUCGGUUUAUAAACCACUCGUGUGACCCCAACUGCGAAACGGCGAAAUGGACAGUGCUUGGCGAGGAACGGAUUGGCAUCUUUGCGAUACAAGACAUUAGUGCAGGAACAGAACUGACCUUUGAUUACAAAUACACGUGGUUUGGCGGGGCUAGAAUGCGAUGUGCUUGCGGAGCCAACUCCUGUAGCGGUUCCUUUGGUGGCAGGUCCAAAGCUUUUCAGGUCUUUAUGCAGAGGGAUGGUGUGCCGUUUGGAAAGGAUGCCUAUGCAUGGGAGGACGAUGCUCAGAGAACGGACGCUGAUGAAGGCGGCAGACAGUCCGAUGCCGAAGAUGAUGCUCCUUUGUCAUCCUUCAUCGAUCCGAGUCUGGUGGGAAGGAAAGUGAGAAGUGGGAUGAUCGUUAAUCCGAAGAAUGCAGGAGUCAUAAUGAAGACGAGUGCAGAGAAAUCAGCUCCUGAAGCUGUGGUGAAGAAAGAAGGUCAACCGCCCUCGGUCACCACAGAAGCUCCGGCAACGUCUGUUGCAGGGCCCUCUUAUGCACCGGCGGAGAAGUCAACGCCAGUGAGACGGAGAGCUUCAGUAUUUAAGAAGGAUAAGCUCUCGAGUUUCAAAGGUAUGCACGUGCUCGGGGGGAAGUUCAAAGACUCGAGCGAGCCAAGAAUCAAGAAGAGUGGUAGAGGCACGCAUAGAGUACCUGCUUCUCGUUUUGAGAAGUCAGAGGAACCGGAGGAGAAGCCUGAAGAACAAGAUAUAUAUUCGAGGAAAAGAUCACGUUCCGAUGUCGAAGACCAGCUCAAAGCUGCUGAGGUUAUCCUGUCCCCCGAACAGUCCAUGUCGCAACAUGUGCAAGGAGUCGCAGGCUUCCAAAAUGCGAGAAGCGUCGUGAACAAGUUGCUACUAUCAGAGUUUCCGAACUUCUUCCCCGUUUCAGAAGCUGCAUGUGCGGAGGUGGAAUUUGCCCAGGAACUGGAGAUUGCGGCCGUGUCAGAUCUGAAGAAGGUUUGCGAGGAGCUGCAACCCGUUCUCAGGACUUACUGCGGCCCUGAUAGCUCGACGUGGGACGACAACCCAGUGCCCUCGAGCGCAGGAGAGAACUGGAUGGAGGCGCGGUGCAAGCAACUGCGCGGUUCAUUGAAUUUCCAUUUCUCUAUCAUCAGGCACUUGGCCGGCCCCACCUUCGCCCUCUGCAGCACCAAGGAGGUUCCGCUCGUCCCAACUUGACAAGAGAGUUGAGCAUCAUCCAUGAUCAUGAAAUAGGCAUCAGAGAGGUCAGACAUAGACAUAGUCCUGCCCACGCGGUGAGGGCUUGGGGCAUUUUCUGUGUAGACUUGUACUGCCCUACUCAGUUUUGCACAGCUUCGUAGAAUUGCCCAUGGAGGCAAAGCACAGAAUAAGGGAUUGUUGGCUCCGAAGAGCACCUUGUACAUACAUACUCAUACAUCUAAUCCUGAAUGGCGAAUUUAAUUC